AAAUCUCCCAACCGUCAGUUUUCCUGCGGAUGGCUAUUGCCAGUCUGCCGCCCCGCACCCAUCCCAAUCUCCUCACCCGCCACCACCACUCUCCGGCCAAAUCCACUUUUCCUACCUCAUUUCUGAUUCUCCGAAACCCUAAUCGUAGCUUUUCGUCCUCUUCUACUACUGUCGUUACCUUCGCCUCCUCUUCCUCAUGGGAGCAAGAGGAGAAACGAUGGCUCCGCGAAGAGCAACGGUGGCUUCGAGAAGAGCAGCGUUGGCUCCGAGAGGAGCUUCGAUGGAGUUCCGAGCGCGAAGCUCUUCUUAGAGAGAUAGCGGCUCUGCGGCUCCGGAUCGAUGCCCUCGAGGGCGAACGUUCCCCGCUCGCUGAUGCCGUCGAGGCGGUGCUGGUUGCGGCGAAGGAGCGGCGUCUUAUUGCUGGAGCUGAGAAGAUUAUAGUUGAGGAAGAUGUGGUGAAGGAGAUGGUUCACGAGGGGAUAAGGGUGCCGGAGGAGGAGGGGGAGAAGGAGGUGCUAAAGGAGAACAAGGUUGUCAAUGAGAAGAAGGAGAGGAAAACUCUGAGGAUGGGAUCAGAGGGAGAGGACGUACGAGAGAUGCAGGAGGCUUUGCAAAGGUUGGGAUUUUAUUCUGGUGAAGAUGACAUGGAGUACUCCAGCUUCUCCACUGGAACAGACCGUGCUGUUAAAACUUGGCAAGCUUCACUGGGAGCCACAGAAAAUGGGAUUAUGACUUCAGAGCUUUUGGAAAGGUUAUUUGUGGAGCUGUAUUUGAAUGAUUCUAAUACAAAAGGAGGUGCAGAUGAGAGAGAGAACACGACACCAGUGGAAAGGAAGGACGGCACCAAUGGAGCACCUAUUGCUUCAGUAAGGAAGUUUGCAGAGAUACAGGAAACAUUGAUCAAAGAUGCUGGUGAUACAGAAAUAGGGAUAUCCCAACACCGUGUGUUUCUACUUGGAGAGAAUCGGUGGGAAGAACCAUCUAGGCUUCAGGGAAGAAAUAAACCUUCUGAAGCCAGUAAGGCUUCAUCUUCCACUCGGUGCCUCACUUGUCGUGGAGAAGGCCGAUUAAUGUGCUCAGAGUGUGAUGGGACUGGAGAACCAAAUAUUGAGCCACAGUUUCUGGAGUGGGUUGACGAAGGAGCAAAGUGCCCAUACUGCGAAGGCCUUGGUUACAUCAUCUGCGACGUUUGUGAAGGGAAAAAUAUUGUUCAAAAUUAGGUUGUCUGUAACUACGGUAAUCAUGUAUACCAUUUUUUUUUCAGUUAAAAAAUGUAUUGAAGAUCAGAAGUUGAGAGUUCCAUCUCAGCUUCAUAAUUCCAAUGAAAAUUUAGUUGGUGAUGGAACA